CCAACACUCUUGCUUAUAGCGCCUCUCCUGAAUAACUAGUCGCUUGUACUAUUUUAAGCAUCGAAAAUGGAAAACUACGACGAAUCUAUUAUGGUUUAUUGUCCAUACAAUAAAGAGCACAAAAUGUUGCGCAAGAAACUUCAGCAGCAUAUCCUCAAGUGCAGAGAAAUUCACAAAGACACGGUGGAAUUGAAAGUUUGCCCAUUUAACAAGAUUCAUUUGAUCCCAGAGCCCGAGUUUUUCCAACAUGUCAAAUUCUGUGAGGAUCGGAAGAUCAUAGUUCAAUAUCAGACCAGUGCUGCGGCUGUUAUAAACGACGACACAAAACACGCAAAAAUAGAGUCUGAAGAAAAUUGGGAUGAUGUUAAUGUGCCCGAUUAUGACCCCCAGGCCUAUUGCUCCAGUGCUAACAUUGUCCGUGAGCCUAAUGGGCUGUUUCCCUCGCAAAGGAAGGCGUUUAUUAAGGAAGAGAAUCGCCGUCGUUUCGGAGAUGACUACGACAAUGAGGAACAGCCUAAAAAGAACAAGUCACAAGAACCCCGAAAAGGGAACAGACCCAUGCCCUACGAUCGCAACUCGUCUAACAGACGGUGAUCAUGAAUAACUACCAAAUGUUCUUAGUUUCUUGUAAUAAUCCUGCAAAUAAUAAUACUAAGUAUAAGAUUUUUUGUUAGCUUUGUUAGUUAAAUAACUAUGUAUAACCAG